AUGACAUCAAAAAUUAUCGCUAACAAAACUGGUGAUUUUAUAGGAUUUUGCGAUGGGCCCAGUAUUGGCCCAGAUCUGGAUCAAAUAUGUACAACUCUGGUCCUAGGUUUGAAGUUAUCAUUGACCCAUACUUGGUGGGACUUUAGGAUGAUAACAAGCCUGCACCUUACGAUGGCCGACUCAAACUUCAACCAGGCUUGGGCAAAUAAUGGUUUGCCAAAGCCGGGUUUCCCAGAGUUGGCCCAAGCUAAGCCCCUUCGUUCAAGUGUGGGGGCUCCUACAAGGAAUGUUGUUAUUGCACAAGAUAUCCAAGCGGUCGAAGGGAAAAGUGUUAGUUUACCUUGUGAUGUCGUACCUCCUGGUCAUGACAAGGUAUACAUGGUUUUCUGGUUUCAAUACGGUUCCGGAUUUCCAAUAUACAGUUUUGAUGUGAGAGGAAAACCACUAUCUCAAGCACGCCACUGGUCGGCUCCGGAAGUUUUCGGUACCAGAGCUUAUUUCCGUACAGUAUCCGAGCCGGCGCAACUCGUCAUAGACGACAUCCGGCGUCACGACGAGGGCGUUUAUCGGUGUCGAGUUGAUUUUCGAAAUGCUCAAACCCGCAGCUUCCGUUACAAUCUUACGGUUAUUGUUCCUCCCGAACCUCCAACAAUAUUGGAUCAGUACGGCAGACUUUUGAAUGGAACUGUUGGUCCUCAUGAUGAAGGUGAUGACAUAACGAUGAAAUGCCGGACUGUUGGAGGCCACCCACAACCUGUUGUCAGAUGGUUGGUUAACGGUCUCAUAGUAGAUGAUAAAUAUGAGCAUAAUGCUGGAGAUGUCAUAGAAAAUGUUCUUGUAUGGCCUUCUGUUAGUAGAAAAGACCUCGAUGCCCUCUUCACUUGUCAGGCUGUCAAUACUAAACUUACAGAACCGAAAGAAGCAUUUGUAGUCUUAGAAUUACGAUUACCUCCCCUUACUGCAACCAUUCUCAAAACGGAAAGCCCUUUAGUUGCCGAUAAACGUUAUGAAGUAACUUGUGAAUCAGCAGGAUCGAGACCUCCUGCAAUAAUCACUUGGUACAAGGGAAAGCGGCAACUCCGCCGAACAAAGGAAGAAACACGAGAAAACAUUACAAUAAGUGAGUUAAGCUUCGUUCCAACAACAGAAGAUGAUGGAAAAUCCAUAACAUGUCGUGCAGAAAAUCCAAACGGCACAGGCUUGUUCCUCGAGACUUCUUGGACAAUUGACGUCGUAUAUCCCCCUAUUGUGACGCUGUGCCUGGGGAGCACCCUCAACGCCGACGACAUCAAAGAAGGUGACGAUGUCUACUUCGAGUGCCACGUUACUGCCAACCCCUACUGGAGGAAACUCACGUGGCUGCAUAACGGUGUAGUCCUUAAUCAUAAUUUGGCCAGUCGUACAAUCUUCAGUAAUCAAAGUUUGGUGAUGCAGAAAGUGACAAGGCAAAACGCUGGUCGAUAUCGAUGUUCCGUGGUCAAUUCAGAAGGAGAAACUGUCAGCGACGAAUUGGACUUCAGGGUACAAUUUGCUCCUACUUGUAAACACGAUAAAGUUACCAUAGUCGGAGCAUCGAGAGGAGAGAGUGUGGAUAUUUUGUGCGAAAUAGAAUCCGAUCCACCAGCCAAAAGUUAUAGAUGGAAAUUCAAUAAUUCUGGAGAAACUAUAGAUGUCGCUGCCGAGAGAUUCGCUAAAUCUAGUAACGGAACUCACAGCGUUUUGCGAUACACACCGGUGUCUGAAUUGGAUUAUGGAUCUCUCUCUUGUUGGGCUUCUAAUUCAGUUGGGCAUCAAGUUGAGCCAUGUAUGUUCCAGCUAGUUGCAGCAGGAAAACCCUUUCCCGUCAAAAAUUGUUCUCUCUCCAAUCAAACGAGCAGUUCAGUUGAAGUAUAUUGUCUCGCUGGGUUUGAUGGAGGACUUCCCCAGCAUUUCGUCCUGGAAUUGUAUUCUUCAAAUUCUGCAGUGGCUCGAUUUAAUAUGACCUCUUAUACGGAGCCUUAUUUUUUCUUGGAUAAUUUGGAGCCCGAUGUUACAUUCAGAAUAGUUAUUUUUGCUACUAACGUCAAAGGAAGGAGCAAGGGAGUUGUUUUGGAAGAAAUCACAUUUAGGGAUGCCGAAAAACGCACAGCACACGAUGGAGAAAUACCGAUAUCUCCAAUAGUAGGAAUUCUAAUAGGAGCGACUCUCACUAUGAUAAUUGUUAUAUUGAUCAUCAUUGUGAGAAUUAGAAGAUCCCAAAAUCCUUCAAGAGAUGGAAUUCACGUACAAAAAGUGUCAGUUGGAGUCGCACAUCAGCAGAACACGGUAUCAUCAACUAAACCAUUAAUCAGCAGUGCUUCUCCAAGAGAUUUAGACGAGAGAGAUCCAGAUGUUAUUCCAGCUAAAUUUGGAUCACCUGAGGGAGAAAGUGACAGACAAGUGGGAUCCUUAAACGGUGCUCAAAUUCCACCGACAACCAGAAAUAUCUCAAAAGUACAGAACUACGCUCAGUCUAAUGUUCCUUCUCCUCAGUGGAUUAGUCCAGUGAUCAAUGAACAGUACCACCAAUACAAAAAUCCAGUUGCUAUGGUGAGUGGAACUUUUCCAAGAGAAUCUAGGCCGAAAGAUCUUCGAUUGGGAAAUGGAAGUUCAACAGUCCACGGCGUCACGGACUUGGAACUAAAUGGAAUCGCUAUAAAAGAAAGACUGAUGGCAAAUCGACUACCAGAAAGUUGUGUCUAAAUGUUACAAUAUUUUUAUUUGACAAGUAGUAUUUGGCAAAUGCUGGUUGGCUUACCGUCCACGACUAGACGUAUAUAUAAAUAUGGAUAUUUUUGAUAAUAAAAAUGGAUUAUUCAAUGAGAAAUUA